CAGACUGAGGCAGUCCGGCCCAUCGAGAGUUCGAGAAUCGAGACUAGCGCACACAUGCGGGGCAGCGGGAGUGUCUUUGUGACUUCCGUCCCAUAAGGUUAAGUGCGGCUGUCGCUCCAAUAUACGAACCAUUGCCUGUCUCUUUGUUUUGCUAACCAUGUCGCAGGAUGGAGUCUGGAGCAGAGAUAUAACUGAAAGGCUUAUCGACUUAUAUAGAGAAGCACCUUGCCUCUGGCAAGUAAAAAGUUCUAUUUACAAAGACAGAAUCUUGAGAAUUCAAGCAUUAGAGAAAAUAAGUAAAGAAUUGGAGAAAUUAGAUACAUCCAUUAACAUUGAAAAAAUCCGUAAAAAAAUUCACACUCUGCGAUGUCAAUUUAGAACAGAGAUGAAUAAAAAGAAUGAAAUCCUGAAAUCUGGAGCCUGUGCCGAUGCCGAGGAUCGAUUUAUACCGCGGUUGUGGUGUUUCAAUCUACUAUCAUUCCUCACAGAUGAAGAUGAGAAACGACCGUCAAUUUCAUCUCUGGAUGAAAUGGAAAGCUCGGCCAGCACUCCCACUACUUCAAAUGAGAACGAAACGUCACUAAUGUUCUCUGAUGCAUUGGAAGUUCCAAGUAAUGACUCAACAUGUCUGCGAGUGCAUUUGCCCAACCUUGAAGAUGUCGAAGGAGGAAACACUUCUGCCCAGAAAGGGCAGUUCGAUUCAUCAGGAACAGCAGAACAAGCUAUAAUAAGGCCAGCAGUACAACCCCAAAGAGUGACGAGAAGUCCUACACCAACAAGUGACUCAUCCCUGUCUCAGCCAAAUGCACCGAAGUCUGUUGCGUUCAAGGAAAGGCCCGCUUUAAAUAAAGUUCAGAAACGAAAACGCGCGGAAGAUUCUGAAGCUGAAAUACUGCAAAUGGUUGCAACAUUACUCAAGGAAGCUAAGGAAGAUGAAUUUUCGAUUUGGGGCAGAUCAAUGGCCAACGAUUUGGCAAAAGUUGAUAGACACCAAUGCAUAAUAGCAAAGAAACUAAUCAGCGAAACUAUUUUCUAUGCUUCCUUAAAUAUGCUUCAACCUAAUACAGGAUUCAACGAUCUAAAAACAACAUAAUCACAUAACGAGGUUGGCGUUUUUUAUAUAUAUUUCACAAGGGAUUUCAAAAGGAAUUGCCAUUAAUAACAAUAAAAAUCUUA